UUGUGUCUAACUUCAAGUGAUGACAGUAAACAGUCUUUAUAAACAAAAUUGUUAUAAUUAUAGUUUAUUUAUAAAAUUUAUGAUAUAUUCGAUAAAUAAUUACGUUAUUUUCAUGCGAAAGAAUCGAAAAAAGUGUAAGAAAGUUUUACAAAACUUACUUUCUCGAUUUCCUCUUGUUAGAAUUUUUAUAUUUUGAAUAAAAACAUCGAACAUCUCGUUACAUUUUUGUGAGAAGGGAAAAAUCUAUACACAAUGCAAAUUUUUAAAGAAAUGAAACGUCCGUUUCAUAUAAAGGCAGAUGAAGAGGAUUAUAAGAAAUAUUCUACUUUAAUUGAGACAAAUGGGGGACGAAUUUCAAAAAAGUUGACAUUCAGUUCUUUUACAAUAACAUCGGAAAAAUAUCGUAAUUAUACAAAGGAUACAUUUAAAUUAAAAUAUGUAACUGAUUGCAUUAAGAAGCAAGAAUUAUUGAAUUAUUAUCUAUACAGUUGGAGUAUAAAUUAUCGAGAAUAUUGUGGAAAAUGUCUUUUUUUCUAUAAAAGUUACACCUGCCUUGGUCCUUGUGAUGAUUAUAAAGUAAAUUCGUUGGAAAAAUUUGCAAAAACUGCUUCAGAAGCAAAUAAUUUGCAAUUAAUUCCUCCACCAAUUAAUUCACCACAACCAAGUACAUCGAAACAAAAUGUUUUUCAAGAAGAUGAACGAGGAAAAGGAGCGAACAAUGAGAGAAGAGAGGAAAUUAAAGAAAGUGCAAAAAAGAAGAAGCAAAAUAUUUCAAUUGAAAGGGGAAAUUUUUCGAAAAUAGUUUCCGAUUUUCCAAAAGAUGAACGAAAAAGAAGAGCAGCGAAUACUUCAAGAGAAGAAGAAAUAACAGAAAGUGUAAAAAAGAAGAAGCAAAAAAUUACAAACGAAGGGGAUAAUUUUUCAAAAUUAACUGCAGAUUCACGAGAAAUUGAACGAGGAGAAGAAAACAUUGAAAGAAGAGGGGAAAUUACAGGAAGUGCAAAAAAGAAGAAGCAAAAUAUUACAAACGAAGGGGAUAAUUUUUCAAAAUUAACUGCAGAUUCACAAGAAAUUGAACGAGGAGAAGAAAACAUUGAAAGAAGAGGGGAAAUUACAGGAAGUGCAAAAAAGAAGAAGCAAAAUAUUACAAACGAAGGGGAUAAUUUUUCAAAAUUAACUGCAGAUUCACGAGAAAUUGAACGAGGAGAAGAAAACAUUGAAAGAAGAGGGGAAAUUACAGAAAGUGCAAAAAAGAAGAAACAAAAUAUUACAAGCGAAGGGGAUAAUUUUUCAAAAUUAACUGCAGAUUCACGAGAAAUUGAACGAGGAGAAGAAAACAUUGAAAGAAGAGGGGAAAUUACAGAAAGUGCAAAAAAGAAGAAACAAAAUAUUACAAAUGAAAGAGAAACUAAAAUAGACACAACUCCAAGAAAGAAAAAACAAAUUAACUAUAAAAUAGAAAAAUGUUAUUUAAACAUAAGUAGCAAUGGAUUAAUAAGUCUACGAGAUAAUGUUACCGAAAAAAUAGGAAACUUAUCCACAAAAUCAAAUCAAGAAUUAGAAAAUCACUCACCAGAGGAACGACUAAAAUUGAAAGAACCUACAGAACAAAAAAUUCAGGAACAAUUGAAAUUUUAUAAUAUAAAACCCUGUUGGAUUCUAUUAGAAAGAUUAAAAAUUCACCAAAAGAUGAAGCAUGCAAAAAAAGGAAUUUCCACAUUCAACGAAUCGGAAACUGGAAGUGAAUUAAUAAAUGAAAGUAAUUCAGAAAAUACACCAAUUCAACAAAUUUCAUCCCUAGAUGGAUCAAAAACAGAUCUUGAAUUCGGUAUUUUCGAAAAUCAGCUGAAAAUAACAAUCGAUAAGCCAAUUGAACAAAAAAAGAGAAUGUAUAAAAAAACAUUGAAAAGAAUUAAAAUGCUGGAGAGAUUAAAAGGAAAAAAAACAAUUUUACCAAGUGAUAAUUCAAACAGUGAUUUAGAAUCAAAAACGAAAAAAAGUAUUUCCCCCCCUAAAAUUCAAGAAGAAAAUACGAAAAAACGAAAUAUUGGGCCAACUGAAUCGGAAACGGAAUCCGACAUUGAAAUUGCUGUCAAUAAAUCGAUAAUAUCGAAGAAUAGGAAAAAUAGAAAAAAACUCCGUUCAAGGACAAACCACAUAAGCAGUGAUUCAGAAACCGAAAGCGAUGGAAAUAGUGCAAAAAAACAGAUAUUGUCAAAAGAUAAUAAUACAAAUGCAGAAAUUGUUUCCUCUAAAUUGAAUAAUUACGGAGAAUUGAAAAUUUCCAAAACAAAAUUGAAACCAUCAUCUGAAAAACAAGUAUUUAAAAUAAAUAUUGAUAUUGAAAAAGUUCUCUCAGAAUCUUCAAAUUCAGAAACGGGAAAUAAAUCGAAAACUACAUCCGAACUGGAUAAUUCAAAAGAGAGGAUUUUAGAGGAAAAAAAUCAAAUUUCAACGGAUGAAAAUUCAGAAACGAGAUCGGAGAAAAUAACGGAGAAGGAAAUUGAUGAUCGACGAGGGAAAAUAUCAUUGUCAAUAGAAGAGAGUGAUUCGGAGAAAAGGAAAAUAAAAUCUAAAAAACGUCUAAUUGUAGAAGAAUCGAAUAGCGAGGAGGAAUUAAUAAAUUUACCUAUAAAAGAUAUUUCAAUCCCCAUCGAACGUUGCGAUAGUGUGAAUUUUUUUGCACAAGAAACAAAUUCGAAACGACGAAAAAUCGAUGAGACGAAUAAUAAUAAUAAAGACGAUUGCGACACAACAAUGGAAAUACAGAUAGAAAAUAAUUCAAGACACAAGGAUAAUAUAAGUGACGAUUCGGAUAUUGAGAAAAUAGACAAAAUUUUCACCCAAGGAACAAUUAUCGAUUCGGAUCAUGAUUUAUUUGGAAAUACAACAUCUGGCGAUGAUUCAACAGUUCUUGCCGAACGGGAAAUUGUCGAUAGUUUCGAUAGUUUAGAAGUACAAUUAUCGUCGACGACAAAUAAUUUAAAGGAGAGGAAUUUAAAUAAAAAUGACAAUUCUGAGGAAAAUGAAAUUGAUUCUCGUGAAUUUUUGCAAAAUAAUUUAAAGGAAAAUGAAGUCGAUUUACUCGAUUCGGACGAUCGGGAAGCAUUGUUGGAUGACGAUUCAGAGACUGAAUACGAAGAUGACGAUAAUCUAAAUUCGUCGAUUAUCGAAGUGGAAGUUAAAAAGGAACCUGUGAAAAUAACUCUUAUAACUUUAGACGAUGUUCAAAAUAAUGAGGAAAAUUAUUCUGACGUUAAGGAGGAAAAUGAAGACAGUGAUAUUGAAAUAAUCGACGAUCAGGAAACACCGGAAAUUUGUAAAGUUAGAAAUCCAGUUGCGAAAAUCGAGAAGGAAUCACAGAUCAAAAUGAAUUUGAAUGAAGAAAAAAAUUCAAGAACAUUAGAAAAUUCAUCUUUGAAUCUAAGUGAAAAUUUAGAUCCAAGUAGAAGUUUAAUUAUCAAAAUUACCAAACAUUCGCAACAUUUGUCGUCGAAUGAUGAACAAUCGAUGAUUGUUCAGACUAAGGAGAAUUUAAUUCAAAUCGAAAAGGAAUCGCAGCAUUAUUCUCUCAACGAUGAAUCAAUUGAGCGAGAGGAGAAUGAAUCGAUGGAAAAAUCUACGUCCAAUUUGGAAAAAUCGUCCGAACUUUCAAAUUCUGGUCAGCGGGUCAAUAAUACUGAGGAUGACGAGGAUGAGUCGACGAUCGACAGUCAACGGCAAAUUUUCACUCAAUUCGAUCGUAAAGCGCGGAGAAAAGUUCAGUUUGCAGCCAAUCAGCAAAUUAUUUCGAAUGAACAGGAAAUUUCAUCGAAUGAACCGGAAAUUGAUUCAAAUAAUUCAGAAAAAAUUCAAGAAAUUCAACGGGAAAUUAAACAAAGUCAGAGUGGUGAAAAUAAUCUAGAAAUUAAUUUGCAAAUGGACCGAGAGAAUCAUAUGAGUCAGGAAACAAAUCAGGAAAUGAAUCGAGAAGAAAAUCCGGAAAUGACUCGAGUUUUCGAAACGAAUCCGGAAAUUCAUUCAAAUGAUCAGGAAAAAAUUCAUGAAAUUAAAAAAAGUCAGAGUGAAAAUAAUCGAGAAAUUAAUUUGCAAAUGGAUCGAGAAAUAAAUCGGAAAGUGAGUCAAGAAACUUUGGAAAUGAAUCGAGAAGAAAAUCGAGAAACGAAUCGAGAAUCAAAUGAGAAAAUGAGCCAGGAUUCAAAUCGGGAAACAAAUCAAGAAAUGAGUCAGGAAAUAAAUCGGAGAAUGAGUCAAGAAACAAAUCUGGAAAUGGAAGAAGAAAAUCGGGAAACAAAUCGAGAAACAAAGCAAAAAAUAAAUCAAGAUAAUCAUAAAAUAAAUGGGACAUUUAAUGGAAACAAAGAGGAAAUUGAUGGGAAAAUUGAUUCACAAAAUGAUAAUAGAAAAAUUAUUGAGAAAAAAGUCGAAGACGAUAUUGACAGUGAUUGUUCGCGUGAAACAAUAAUUUACGAAUCGAUAAAUAAAAAUGUAAUCGAGCAGAAAGAGGAAAAAACUGAUGAUUGGAGUGAAUUUCUAGCAGACGAUGAAAAUAAUUCUCACAAUGAUAAUAAGAAUGAUGAUGAUGAUGAUAAUGAAAAGGAGAAUUCAAUAAAAAUAAAUUUCAAGACAGAAGAACAGAAAUUAUUACCAAAAAAAGUAUCCUAUUGGGAAGAUUGGAAUAGUUCUGAUAGCAGUUAAUUUUAGAAAUGAUUGAAAAAAUUAUUCUCGCAUUAAAAAAAAAUAGUCACUGCAAAAAAAAAAA